AUGUGCGUCCUCUUCCGCUGGACUUCGCUCCUCGUCAAGCCUUACCCCUGCCCUUUCGACAUUGGAUGCGACCUCAUCUCGAUGAGUGGGCAGGUCUCCAACCCCGCCUACCUCGAGCAGUUCAACCACCCAAACUCGAACCUUCAGGGAGCGCUCCUUUGGCGGCGAUCUCAUCAACUCAUCAUCAACGGCUGGGUCUGGGUGCUCGGCUGCAUCAUCCAGGCCGCCAGCUUCAACGUCCGCACGCUUGUCGCCGGUUGCGUCGUUGCCGGACUCGCCGUCGGACUCGGCUCGGCCAUUGUCACCAUUUACCAAGCAGAGAUCACUCGCCCGGCCAUCCGCGGCCGCAUCGUCGCCACCCAACAGCUCGCUAUCACGUUCUCUGAGUUGCUUCAAUAUUUCGUUUCCUUUGGCUGCUCAUACAUUGCGAACAGCGCUUCAUUCAGGAUGCGUUGGGCCCUUCAAGCCAUCCCGGGACUCAUCCUUGGCAUCCUCAUGUUUGCCUUCCCCGAAUCGCCGCGAUGGCUCAUGGAUCACGGCAGGGAGGGGCAGGCACUUCAGAUCCUCGCCGACGUCUACGCCAAGGGAGACACAGAGAAUGAGCUCGUUCAACUAGACGCAUUGCGGCAGGUCAUGCGCAGCUCGAUGACCAUGUUGCCUCAGCGGCACUGCUAA